UGGUUAUAUAAUACAUCUAGCAGGUCUCAGUGUUUUGUAGGUCUCGCAGGAUGAAGGUAUUAAUAGUCGGAGGAGGUCUGGUCGGCUCGCUGUGCGCCUGUUAUUUUGGUUUGCGAGGCCAUGAAGUGCACAUUUACGAUUUUAGAAAUGAUCCUAGAACUGAAAAACUCUCAAAAGGACGAUCCAUCAACUUAGCACUUUCCACAAGAGGUAUAGAAGCUCUCUCACGUGUUGGGGUCGAGGGAGUAAUCUUGGAACAUGGCAUUCCCAUGAAAGGCAGGAUGAUUCACUCGAAAAGUGGAGAGAAGAAGAGUAUUCCCUAUGACCCAGUAUACAAGAAGUGCAUAUACUCAGUUGGAAGAAAACAUUUGAACGAGUUACUCAUCACAGAAGCCGAAAAGUAUCAAAAUGUUCAUCUUCACUUCAAUCAUAAAAUAACUUCCGUGAAUUUCGAGGAGAAGAAAAUAUUCUUUAAAUCGGCUGACAACAAUAAUUCUGAAUUGAAAGAAGACAAAGGCGAUCUAAUCGUGGGUGCAGAUGGGGCUUUCUCAAUCGUGAGACGAGAAAUGAUGAAGCAGCCCAUGUUCAAUUUCAGUCAGACUUACAUCGAGCAUGGCUACAGAGAACUAACCAUACCACCGGCUAACAACUUCAAGAUGGAAUCUAAUCAUUUGCACAUCUGGCCGAGGGGUGAGUUCAUGUUGAUUGCGCUUCCUAAUCAAGACGACAGCUGGACUGUCACUCUUUUCAUGCCUUUGGUUAAAUUCGACGAAUUACAAGGCAAAGAACAUGCCAUCAAGUCAUUCUUUCAACAGAACUUUCCCGAUGCUCUUCAAUUGAUCGGAGAUUCAAAAGUGAUCGAGGAUUUCUCAAAACCAUCUCAUUUAGUUUCUAUUAAGUGUACCAAAUAUAAUGUAGGAAAUAAAGCUGUAAUACUAGGAGAUUCAGCACAUGCAAUGGUACCCUUCUAUGGCCAGGGGAUGAAUGCAGGUUUCGAAGACUGCCGCAUUCUGGAUGAAUUCAUACAUAGCGAGGGCUUGGAUUUAGAAGAGGCACUAGAGUUAUUUUCAAUAACUCGAGCGAAAAAUGCGGAAGCUAUCUGCAACUUAUCCAUGUAUAAUUAUAGUGAGAUGAGGCAACUGGUCACGCAAACGUCUUAUAUCCUUCGGAAAAAGUUAGAUAAUAUCCUUUAUUGGCUUUUCUCAAGUAAAUGGAUUCCACUGUACCAGUCUAUUACUUUUACUAACAUACCCUACUCGGAAUGUCUACAGAACAGAAAACGUCAAAAUGUGAUACUUCGAAAUGUCUUUUAUGUUCUUCUUUGUGCAAGUGUUACGCCCAUUUCAUGGUAUAUAUUCAGGUGGAAACAAUCUCUUUAAGAAAUUUAUGUAUUUAUUUAUUUAUUUACUCUGUAGAUAUAAUAAAUAUAAUUAUUGAAAGUA